UCCAUAGACACUUACUUUUUUGUCCUUUUUAGGGUUUUAUAAGAACUAUAUUGCAUGGGAAGAGCUGCUUUUACCAAAACUAAGAUUUUAAUCCUAAGGGAUGCUAAGCGAAGUGAGCGACAUUUGAGCAAAAUUGCAGGGGCAGACCGGGAGAUCAUUAACAAGUGCAAUAGUAAAGACGGUAUAAAAGGUUCAUCGAGCUGGGUUCCACAUCCAAAGAGUGGGAUAUACUAUCCUAAAGGCCAUGAAUGGGUGAUGGACGAUGUUCCCGACUGGGCAGCUUCUUUUGGCCGGAGUUUUUGGGUCAGAAGCACGGACGGUGUCGAUAAACCAGAGACUGGUGAAUUACAAUUUGGUCCAUUUCACGACGAUCACUAUUUCCAUUAAAAUAUGUGAUGAUCAAAUUAGUCAUAAAAAAGAGUGAGUUAGUAGGAGUUUAUGAAUAAAGCAUUUUGGCCUCAGCAGCUGAGUUGGUAAGAGUGAGUUAGUAGGUGUUUAAUCU